GUGCCACAGUGAUCCGCCCAGGGGGGCGGCGAUCUGCCCACAGAGUCCAUCUGGCACAUGCAAGCCCCACACUGCUGUUUUGGGCAGUGUGGGGUUCCGUGCCACCGCGUCACUCCCAGGAGAGAUGCGUAGCUCAGGCGUGUUGCAGGCCAGGCUCCACAGUAAGUGCCACCCCACCCCCCGCGGUGUGCUAUUUUGUCACGCCCCUCAAGGAUGACACCCAGGACGUACCACACACCUCACCCCCCCAUUCCUACGCCCCUCAGAAACAGCUCCAAAAGCUUAAAAUCACUAGAGUGGUACCUCAGGUUAAGAACUUAAUUCGUUCCGGAGGUCCGUUCUUAACCUGAAACUGUUCUUAACCUGAAGCACCACUUUAGCUAAUGGGGCUUCCUGCUGCUGCCAUGUCGCCGGAGCACGAUUUCUGUUCUCAUCCUGAAGCAAAGUUCUUAACCCGAGGUACUAUUUCUGGGUUAGUGGAGUCUGUAACCUGAAGCGUAUGUAACCUGAAGCGUAUGUAACCCGAGGUACCACUGUAUUUUGUGUUGAGGUUUUCCCCCAAAAGCUCAACAAUUUGGGUUUGUUCCCCAAAAAGAUUCUCAACCAUUUUGGUGGUUUCCUAAAAAAAAAAGUUCGGCAAUUUGGGGGUCUGCCAAGUAAAAAGCCACUUUAUGGGUGUCAGGAAUUUUACUUUUUGAAAUAUGGCAACCCUAUCUUUAUACUUAACAGACUUUAUUGUUUCUCCUCCUCUUCUGAGAUUUGCAAUGUAGCCGAAACCGCUCUUUCUCUUCUUCUAACUGCCUUAAGUUAUGCGGGUUUUUUUUCUUUUCAGACCAUUUUGAUUUUCCCAAAGGUUUUCUCUCUCUCUCUCUCUCUCUCUCUCUCUCUCUCUCUCACAUUACUUUUGAUCUUCGGAGUUUCCGCCCACGUGACUUUCAGUUGAGUCCCUUGCAGCUUCCGAGAAACCACAGCAGCUAAGUUCUAAAGAGAGGGAACUAUCAGAGUGAGCUGCAGACUCUAAAAGGACAGGAAUGUAGACGCUGGGAGAGUGUCAGAGAAAGUGACCAAGAAGCCAGAAGGAGAGGGAAAGGAGGAAAGAGGAAAAAUCAACAGAAAAGUAGUGGAGGAAUCACCAAAGACCACCAGGAAGCAAGAAAGGAAAGACGACAGGCAGGGGGAGCUGUAAGCCAUGCCCCAUAGCUCUGACAGCAGCGACUCCAGCAGCUACAGCCAGUCCUCUUCAUCCAGCAAACAGGUACAGUUUGGGCAAUUCCUUUUGAGUUAAUUUUAUGGCCGUCUCUCCUUUUUUCUAGCAGGGCUCCUGUGCCUUGAGCACAAAACACAGAAAUUCAACAGAUGCGGCAUCUCCUAGCAUGGGGAAAACUUUACCUAUAGGAUUUCUGCCUGUUUAUGCUUAAAGGCACCAGAAUAACUCCAGAAAUGAAAUAUGAACUCCAAUGGAUACCGUCUUGCCACUUUGCCAAACACUUCUCGUUCAUCUCGUGUGCUGAAACAGAGAGGAACAGAAUGAAUGAGAAACGUUCAGCACUGUCGGGAUUUUCGUAGGACUUUGAAGGAACUGAUGUAGGGACAAACCCAGGAAAAUGCUAUUCAGAAAAGCUAAACCAAAGAUAAGAAGCUAGGCAAUAGGGUAAUACGAAACAGUUAAAAUCAAAGCAAUGCAGGGACCGAAUGAGGAAGCUUGGUGAUACUCUUGCAGAAAAGCACCACAAGUGUCAUUGAUGGCCAUCGUAGCAGAAUAACUGUUUACAGAUAGGUGGCAUAAAAUGUCCUCAUCUGCUUGGCACUGCUCAAGCCUCUGCUGGAUUGUGCCAUUCUCCCUGGGGUGAAGUCACGGUCCCAAAAAAGAAGAAACUUUGGAGGUCAUAGAAUCAUAGAAUUGUAGAGAUGGAAGGGACCCCAUGGGUCAUCUAGUCCAACCCCCUGCGAUGCAGCAAUCCUGCCCAUAGCCAUCCCUGGGUGGGCUUGAACUUAGCAGCCAGGUGUGCUGAUCCAUUGUGGUCCUCUCAAGAAAACAUUGAAGGAGUUAAGAUGCCUCCAGCACCACAACUACCCAAGAUGGGAUAAGUUUUAAAAUCCUAAGAUGGAGACCAGAUAUUUACUUUGCUAGGAACAGGUCCUUAAAACUUGAACAAAUCUGUGCAAAGAGUUCAUAGACUCAUAUACUAAAGGAAGUAGGAACCCUACAAGAAUUGUUAAACACAACUCAGCAAGCGAUUAUCCAAGGAAGGCAUGAAAUUACAUCAUUGGACAUGAUGUAAUUUUUUUUAAAGUGAGGCAAAGACAUGGGUGAAUCGAUUUUUUUAUCUUAACAUUUAUAUCCCUCCCUGCUUCUUUCAUGAAACCCAAGGCAGCAUACGUAUGAUUCUCAGGUAGUCCAUCACCUAUUGAGAGAUACUAAGCAGGCCUAAACUGGCGGAGCUUUGUAAGCUGGUAGUCUCAUGUGCCUUCACGCUAUAUCCUAGCACCAUAGCUAGGUUGGGAUUGGUAUGUUGGGGGACUGUUACACAAAACCCAAUACUGUAGUUCAGGAAAGGGGAAUUUGUGGCUCUUCAGAUACUGUCGGACUACGGCUGCCAUCAGCCCCAGCCAACAUGGCCAAUGGUAAGGAAUGAUGGGAUUUGUAGUCCAGCAACAUCUGGAGGUCAUCCUUCCCUGCUCUAGUUAACUGAAUGUAAGAUGAACACCCCAACUGUUUUGUAUUGAGAGUUCCAAAAGGGUUGUUGCUCAACUCUGAUGUCUCAUGUAAUUAACCUGCUGGUUCUCCUGAUCCUGAGAUGCACUUACUUAUCCUGCAUUAGGAAUUGGGGCAAAUUUAGGGGAGGGGAGGGGAGGGUCCUCCAUCAAGCUAAUACUGAACCUGCCAUGGAGACAAUGGAGGAGGAGAGAGAAUUGCUGAGAAAAACGCUUCCUUCUGCUUUCUAUCCCAGCAUUGCCAUUCUAUGCAAGAUUCUUACAUGUACAGAUGUUAAGAUGGUAUUCCUGUUGUCAUACCUUGUAUUACGUGAUUCCCCUCACCCAGGAAUCUUCGGAUGAUAUGAGAAAAGUACAAAGAAGAGAAAAGAAUCGUAUUGCAGCCCAGAAGAGCCGACAGAAACAGACACAGAAAGCAGAUACCCUGCACAUGGUAAGAACGUCCAUCCCCUACCCACCAGGAUUUCUCUGGUAUUAGCCCUGUUUCAUGCAGGUGUGGUGAUAAAAUUGUUCCUGGACUGUACCACCACAGACUGCAGGUUGGCAAUUGUGUGGCUGGGUGUGCCUUUUUGUAAAAGCUCCUUUCAUAUAAUUCAAUAUUCAUUUUUGUUGUUGUUGCUUUAGCAAUCUGCCAUAUAGGGCCCUCACAGGAAAAGAAAGGCUCUCUCUUCUUGAUUUACGGGAGUCUAGCAGGCAAAUCAGCAGAACCUUUCUCCCUUAGUAUAGUUCCCCCGCUUGUUCCUAUAUCAGCAAUGAUGUCAACUCAUUUCAAUACUUUUAUGCACUUAAUAACACAGAUACCACAAAUUAUCCAGAGCAUACACCCUGAAUCCCAUGGUAUACUGUAUAUGCAUUGAGGUGAGCAUAUGCAUUCCUAUACCUUCCACAGUACUGCAAUGCUAGUACAGUGGUACCUCAGGUUACAUACGCUUCAGGUUACAUACGCUUCAGGUUACAGAUUCCGCUAACCCAGAAAUAGUGCUUCAGGUUAAGAGCUUUGCUUCAGGAUGAGGACAGAAAUCAUGUUCUGGCGGUGCGGCGGCAGCAGGAGGCCCCAUUAGCUAAAGUGGUGCUUCAGGUUAAGAACAGUUUCAGGUUAAGAACGGACCUCCGGAAUGAAUUAAGUACUUAACCCAAGCUACCACUGUACUGAGCACUGGGUAAAAGUAAGCAGCAAUCACACAUAUCGAACGCUAUAUCUGCAUGUAGAUACCAAGAUACAGUAUAAUGGAGACAAAUUCUCACCUAGUCUUCUCUCUGAUAUGCUAGUUUUAUGUGGGCAAGUCGUUUUUCUUUUUCACCAGAAAGCAUCCAAGCAUGCAAUUCCCCACCUGCUGUGGUACAUUCCAAGUACAGAUCUAGUCCGCUUGUUGCUCUUCUUUUCUGUCUGAACUAGGCCCGUGACUCAGCUCUGCACCAGAUCGCUCACAUUUAUGGCCAAUGUCUUUUGUUUGUGGCUCCAGAACUGCUGAAACUGGCCACAGUUGCAAACACAACUGCUUCUGCUGUGGGAAAAGCAGUAUCUGCACAACAAGAGCAGUGCCUUUGUCUGAAGAUAAAAGAGCAGAUGGGGAAGGGCAAUAGCUCAGUAGCAGAGCACACAAUUUACACCCAAAAGGUCCCAGGCAUCUUUAAGGAGGGCUGAAAAAGACCCUUGCCUGAACCCUAGAAAUCUGCUGCCAGCCAGUGUCGACAAUAGCCUUCAGUAAGAUAAUGCAGAAUCCAAUGAGGCUGCCUUUGGAAAGAUAUUUUCAGCAGUACAGUGAUACCUCGGGUUAAGUACUUAAUUCGUUCCGGAGGUCUGUUCUUAACCUGAAACUGUUCUUAACCUGAAGCACCACUUUAGCUAAUGGGGCCUCCUGCUGCCGCCGCACCACUGGAGCCCGAUUUCUGUUCUCAUCCUGAAGCAAAGUUCUUAACCUGAAGCACUAUUUCUGGGUUAGCGGAGUCUGUAACCUGAAGCGUAUGUAACCUGAGGUACCACUGUAUGCCAUGCCGCCAAUCUUAAUUGCAAACCGGACUUUAAAGGAGAGCAGCCUUGUUCUCUGUACGAAACGUUUCCCCGUGUUUUUGCACCUACAAGGAGAGGGAAGCUCCCCUCCCCUUUAUCUUCUGGUGAAUUUCCCCAUUGCGUUGCCGCUUUCCCCAGCUGCUGAAAGAAACAAGUGAGAAUUUCCUUCUAGGCCAGUAGCAGGUUUCCUGUGGCAGGUGGUUUUUCUACUUCUAGAUGGCAGUUGUUGACCUCCCCACCCCCACUCCGUCUCCUUAAGGCCUGAGCCGCACGCUCUCUUGGGUCAGGAUGUCUGUGGCCUAGGAAAUACGCCUGUGGGCUUGGUGACAGGCAGUGGGAACCUACAGGCGGCGGAGGAUACACUGCUGUCAUUUCUCAUAAGUCGCCGGCUGGGGAGAGAGUGCGGCCAAUGAAUGAAAAUGUCAUCCGCUAUCAGCACAGGGCUGGGUUCUCUGCUUGGGUUUGCCCAGAACAUGAGUUUACAGGAAGAAAACGUCAGUCAAUCAGCCUGGAAACUCUAGAGUAGCUAGCGAAAAAAGGCUAUGAACCCCACCCACACAGACCCUUUCCCACUACCACUUCUUAGAUACAGUACUGCAGUCAAAAACAGAGGCCUGCUCAUUUUUAUUUAUUUUUUAAAUCCUGCUCCAUCUGCUCUGGGUGGCUUCCAACAAAAUAUAAAGGAACAUGGCAAAACAUGAAACAUUAAAAGCUUCCUGAAACAAGGCUGCCUUCACUUGUCUACAAAAAGUCAAACAAUUGCUUAUCUCUUUGUUUAUCUGAUGGGAGGGCAUUCCACAGGAUGGGGCGCCACUACCGAGAAGGCCUUGUUCCCUGUAACUUCCCUUUUUGCAUUGAGAGGGAAUUGCCACAAGGCCUUCAGAGCUGGACCUCAGUGUCCAGGCUUAACGAUGGGGGUGGAGAUGCUCCUUCAGGUAUACUGGGCCGAGGCUGUUUAGGGCUUUAAAGGUCAGCACCAACACUUUGAACUGUGCUUGGAAAGCGCACUCCGCCCCCCUGCCACUUUUGGGGCCUAGCAGACGGGAGAGGUUUCUAACUGAAAACUAUAUCUUUAAAGCAAAAAAAAAUAAAAAAAUUAUGAUGCUUCUUGCUGUGAAUCUCUUCUUUCUACAAAUGUACCUAAGGCCUAUUUUGCAUGUUAUAAAAGGGCUCCAGGCAAUGUACCUUGUAGAAAGCCAUACUUUCUAAUUUUCUAGAAUGUAAUAUUAUAUUUAUAUCCUGCCUUUUGUAUAAGUAGCUCAAGGGGGCAUACUCGGUUCUCCUCCCCAUUUUUAUCCUCACAACAACUUAAUGAGGCUUAAGUUAGGCUGAGAGACAGGGACUGGUGCAUGGUCUCCCAGUGAGUUUCAUGGCUGACUGGGAAUCACCAGGUCUCCCAGGUCCUAGAUGGACGCUCUAACCCAGUGAUGGCCAAACUAGGCCCACCAGUGGUUUUGGGACUACAGUUCCCAUCAUCCCUGACCACUGGUCCUGUUAGCUAGGGAUGAUGCGAGUUGUAGUCCCAAAACAGCUGGAGGGCCAAGUUUGGCCAUCCCUGCUCUAGAACCAGAGCUUCCUAUCCUGUGGUGCUCCCUUUAGUGCCUCUCCCGAAGCAGAAGUCUCCUUUCCUCCUCAACAGCCUGGAUGUUCUCAACAUGAGUGGUUGUUGAGAGGCACCAAAUAAGCAGGGCUAUUGCAAUUGGUACAGCAGGCACAAAAAAUAAUAAUUAAGUGGCCUGCAAAGGCCCUCAGCAAUUUUCAAGUGUCUACAGAAAACAAGGGACACGGGUGGCGCUGUGGGUUAAACCACAGAGCCUAGGGCUUGCCGAUCAGAAGGUCGGCGGUUUGAAUCCCCAUGACAGGGUGAGCUCCCAUUGCUCGGUCCCUGCUCCUGCCCACCUAGCAGUUUGAACGCAAGUCAAAGUGCAAGUAGAUAAAUAGGUACCGCUCCGGCGGGAAGAUAAACGGCGUUUCCGUGCGCUGCUCUGGUUCACCAGAAGCGGCUUAGUCAUGCUGGCCACAUGACCCGGAAGCUGUACGCCGGCUCCCUUGGCCAAUAAAGCGAGAUGAGCGCCACAACCCCAGAGUCAGCCACAACUGGACCUAAUGGUCAGGGGUCCCUUUACCUUCAGAAAACAAAGUUGGGGAAACCACUGCCCUAUACCACACUGGCUCACUUGAUGUGUGUAUUCACAUGGAAACCCAUAGCAUGACCCCCAAGUUCUGUACACAUCUGCAUGGGCCACAGUUCUCUGUUGCAAUUCCUGUGACUUUGGUGACUGAAAAAAACAAGUGUCACUACAAUUGUGGGAAUUGGCAACCGCAAACCUCAGAGAUCAUCACUUCAUCUGUUGUGGAGAAAAUAAUUACUGGAUGCCCUCCCUCCUCCUUUUCAGCUUCUAGCUCUGAAGAACAGAAGCAAAUUGAGUAGCACAGGAGUAGCUGGGGAUACACCUCCCUGCCAGGAAAGAUGAAAGGAAAUAAUUCUGGUAAUCUAGACAGGGCUGGAAGGCAGCUAAAUUAUUGCCCGCCCUCUCCUUUCUCUUUCAGGGCCAAACUAGACUUGACAUUAAAUGUGUCUUUGCUUUUAACUUUUUAAAUACAAAUAACACCAGUUGGGGGAGGAAGUGAUAAUUAUCUGGAUCUUAUGGGGGGUAUUUAACCAUUUCCUCCCCUGCUGCAGUUCUGAGGAAAAUCCCUCCUCUGAAGCUAGUAUUUGCAUUAAAAGGAAAUUCCCCCAUUGGGGCCUUAAGAGAUGAAGAAAAGGAUUGCUUAUGCUGCUCACAGGACAUAGCAGGAUGCAAGCUAAGACCUCUUUCUCCCUUGAGCUGCAAGUAUCAACCUGUGUUUUUCAUAAUGCCCACUGUUAAAAGAUACAGCUAGUUUCUUGAACUGUCCUAAACUCAUAAUUAACUAACCACCCUCCACCAGUGGCUGAUCUUGGGGUCUCAAAAUUUCAGCAGCACCCUGCACGGUGCAAAAAUUCAGUGCCUCUCCGCCUCUCAUGCUGCACUCUAAACCACCACCUCUAUCCUCCACCUUAUAGUGAGAUCCUGCUUUCUUUUAUUUAUAUCCCCAAUGUAUCAUUUCCAUGCCCUUUUCUCACUUUUACUAGCAUGUUGGAACCUUGUUUACUCAUUCAGGUUCCACACUGAUAAUGGUAAUCCAUCAGUCUAUUAAAACAGGGCUAUAUACAGUUCCUUGACAGGACUUUAAAAUAGAGGCCUGCAGCAGGGCUCCUUGCCCCUUACUAGGAAAGGAGGGAAGAGUCUGGGCUAUAUAGGAUUCUCUGGGGAAAGCUGCAUGCUUUAAAUCAGGGGUGGCCAACUCCCAAGAGACUGCAAUCUACCAAUAGUUAAAAACUGGCAGUGAUCUACCCCCUUUUUUGAGGUUCUGGUCUAAGUUGUAGAGCUUUUUUAGGGAGGAGGAAAGCCCCGUUUUUAGGGGUUCAGGUCACAGUAGUUGAGCUUUUUUUAGGGGAGACAAAAUUGGGGGGAGUCGGUGAUCUAACAGUGAUCUGCCAGAUCCGCUCUACUUCCCCAUGGGGAGGAGUUGCGGUGGACCGCAUGGCCAUCCACUCCCCACCAGGGGCGGGGGACUUUGUCCCCCAUUGCCCGGGGGAUCCCGGCCACAUCAGAACCCGGCCAGCCAAUCCGCUGGGCAGGGCCGUUUAAACGGAGGAGCAAACCGGAGGACUUCCUCUUGGACCGGACUUCCUGCGCAGCAGGCAGGAGUCAGAUAUACGUAGUUGGGUCCAAUCAAUGCUUAAGCCAAUACUGCUCACAUUCUGUAAUUCAGUAAAGUUGUGGCCAAAUAUGCCGAAUAACUUAAACUUAAUAUCUGUGUCCUGGUGUGAGUUAUUUCCCAAUGAGGGGGUGGCUGAGGGGUCUCGAUACGCAAUAGAUCACGAUCUACCUGUUGGACAUGCCUGCUUUAAAUGUACAGUAAUAUAAAUUUAUGGUGUGGAUGCAACUUCCUUCUUUCAUCCUCUUUUACCUCAGUUUUUCCUCGCCGUGUCACCUACAUAAAAUUAGGCCAAGGCCUGCAUUUGGCCCUUCAGCCGGUGGACUGCCCCAUUUUCUUUCCCCACGGUGGGCCUAUAGUUUCUGUUAUGUACUGAAGUUCUCACCCUGGGCCAGCAGGGGGAUACUGUAGAUAGUUAUGCAAAUAAGGGAUCAAAAGUGACGUUCAGUGAUUGGAUAGUUUUAGAAAAUUGUUACAGUUACAUUGUACUGGAGCUCUAUACAAGCAGCUGACUGAGCCCUUCAGUUCAGUUCUGUCCUGGCCUGUGAAUAAACAAGAGCUGUUUGAAGAAUCGCUGUGUUGUCUGAUACGUUCACCCACAACUUAACAGUUUCUAACUGAUCCCCCCCCCUUUUCUUUAAAGGAGAGUCAAGACUUGGAGAGGCAGAAUGCUGCUUUGCGCCGGGAGAUCAAGCAACUGUCAGAUGAACUGAAACACUUCUCUGCCAUGCUGACUUCCCACGAGACUCACUGCUCCAUCCUCCAUACGCAGCCCCCAGCACCCACCGAAGUGCUUUUCACGCCACUCCCCUUUCCCCAGACCCACAUCAGUGCCCCAUGCUUCCAGCACUGAGAGCAACUUCUAGGACUGGGAAAAGUUUGCAGACUCUAUGCCUGGACAGAAGGAGGAGGAGGAGAGAUGAACUUCACCACUAUGGACCAUUUGGGGGGUGGUAUUCCCAUAUAUCUGUUGGCAGGUGCUGUCCUGAAUAAGCAGUAAAAUGUCAGUAGGAUUUGGCCUUUGUGAAGAACCUGUGACAUGCUAGACUCAUCUGCAGGGUAUUGUGUGUGUGAUUUAAUGUACAGUAACCACUAUCAGUACUGUUCUGUUGUUUGCACUGAUCUUCUUAUCACAGAGCCUUGUACAAUAAGCCAUGUUCUGUUGUAAAAUGUAUACUAGUGGUUCUGUGGACACAGAGAACAAAAGGUGUUGUUCCAUUAUUUUUUUAAAUAAAGAUCUCUUUUAUAUAUAUAUACAGUA